CCUAGAAGAGUUGCUGCAAUAUCAGUGGCCGAACGCGUUGCUUAUGAGGUCGGACAAGGGGAUGUGGGUGUAGGACCUGUCGGUUACUGUGUUCGCUUUGAAGAUGUAUCCCAUCCAACCAUUACUAAACUGCGCUACAUGACGGAUGGUAUGCUGCUUCGAGAAGCUAGUCUUGACCCGGCCCUAUCACGCUACUCCGUUAUAGUAUUGGAUGAGGCGCAUGAACGUGCCCUUUUCACUGAUGUUCUUUUCGGCGUUGUUCUGCUCGCUUAUAGACAGCGGGCCCAACUAUUGGCUGAGUGGCGAAGACGAAUUCAACUUAAAUUGCCUCUAGACGGGGCUUUACGCACAACUCCCUUGAAGGUUGUUUAA